UAAAACCUAUAAAUAUGAACUUUCUUAAAUUCAAGACACAUUUCAGCAUACUAGGUGGUAGGCAUGUUCUUAGAAGCUAUUCUAACACCAGAAUGAUAGCAUUAUUAAGUGAUAUAUGUCAUUGUUUUGAACCAUCAAAAUAUACCUUUUGAGCCUCAAAUAUCAUUAACUCGAAUCCUAUUUAUUUGGACCCCAGAAAUGCCUACUGGUACCCCAAGGCAAACUGAUAUUUGGUGAAGUGUAAUCGAAAGGAUGUUGGAAUGGUAAGAGAAUGUGCCUUUAACUGAUCAUGGUUAAAAUAUUCUUCUUUCAGGACACUUACCAGGAUACAUCACUACGUGAAUGCAUUGCUAAGGCCUUGCUGAAGGUCUUGGAAGGGGCCAGAACUAAUAAGGGGCCAUAAAACUUGUUUCACUAACUUCAUGUUAUCUUUUUCACUCUCUUUAAGAAUAUCAAUAUCUUGUAAAUAUUCUCAGACCAAAAAAAAAGGAAGGGCUCUAAAGUAAAAUGCUGAUGACAUUGUGCAGAUAAAAUAAAGUAUAAUAUUUCUAUAUUAAUAAAAAUGUGUGUUUGUUACUAACAAAAUAACAAAUACUGUUGAUCUACUUUAGAAUUUAAUUUAUGUUGUAUCAGUAAAUACUUUGUUUUAUAUGGACCCCUCCUAUUUUGGGAUGAAGGAGAUUGUAAAGAUUACUAAAGUAAGAUGUAAAAAUUAAUUUUCUCACCACACAUACGAAGGAAGAAAGCAUCGGUAGUUCAGUGGUAGAAUUCUUGCCCUCUGUUUGUUUAGACGAUGCGAUAUGAAAGAUAAUACAAGCAUGUCUGUUUUUUCUCAGAAGAGAUAACUGGACUAAAUGGACCAAAAGAACCUAACGAUGAUGACUGAAUUCAUUCUAAUCGGAGUCACAAGGCGCCCUGAACUGCAGCUUCCCCUUUUUGGGGUCUUCCUCCUCAUCUACAUGAUCACAGUGAUGGGAAACCUAGGCCUGAUCAUCCUGACCAAGGUGGACUCCCGCCUACACACUCCUAUGUAUUUUUUCAUCAGACACCUGGCCGUCAUUGAUCUUGGUAAUUCUACUGUCAUUUGUCCCAAGAUGCUAGUAACUUUUGUUGUGAAUAAAAAUACCAUUUCUUAUUAUGAAUGUGCCACACAGCUGGCUUUCUUCAUUUUGUUCAUUAUCAGUGAACUUUUCAUCUUGUCGGCCAUGGCCUAUGACCGCUAUGUGGCCAUCUGUAACCCUCUGCUCUACAAUGUUAUCAUGUCCCCAAGACGUUGCCAUGUGCUUGUGGGUAUUCCAUACAUUUAUAGUAUCUUUCAGUCUCUGAUGUUCACCAUUAAGAUUUUCACAUUGACCUUCUGUGGCUCUAAUGUCAUCAGUCAUUUCUAUUGUGAUGAUGUCCCCUUGAUACCUAUGCUCUGCUCAAAUACACAAGAGGUACAGCUGUUGAUCAUAAUGUUUUCAGCAUUUAAUUUGAUAUCCUCCCUCCUGGUUGUCCUGCUGUCCUACCUGCUGAUUCUGAUAGCCAUAUUUCGAAUGCAUUCUGCUGAGGGCAGGAGAAAAGCUUUCUCCACAUGUGGUUCUCAUCUGACAGUGGUGGUUGUGUUCUAUGGGUCUCUACUAUUCAUGUAUGUGCAGCCCAAAUCUGCUCAUUCUUUUGAUACUGACAAAAUGGCCUCAGUGUUUUACACUUUAGUCAUUCCCAUGCUUAACCCCUUGAUCUACAGCUUAAGGAAUAAAGAAGUAAAAAGUGCCUUCUACAGGGUCAUUAAGAAUCCAUGCAAUCUUUGUAUUUAAUAUUCAAUAUGCAAUACUGUUUUGAGGCAAAUGUACUGGAAAUUAUCUCUAAAACAUUUUCUUUGGCUGCAAAGCUAAGACUGAUUAUAAAGCAAAGACAAAUGCUCUGUGCCCAUUAUAUUCAUUCAAAUUAAUUCUCAUAAUGUAUAUUUCAAGUUAAAUGUCAUUUCUUGCCCAAAAUGGCAAGCUUCUAUUCAUUCUUUCCUUAUGUGAUUUUAUAGAAACUCAUAUUUCCCUAACGAAAAGAUUUGUCAGGCACCUCAUCAGUAAACCGUGUGUUUGUUUCAAUGUUGUUUUUGUUUUCAUUAAGAACGGAAUGUUCUCAACCUUGCUUUCAUGUCUUUUCUUAGACUAAAUUAAUACUAAAAUAAGUAAUCAAAACUGGAGACAAAGUGUUACUGGUGUUCCUGUCGACCCCAUCAGUAAUUAGCCUUGUGUGUCUCCUACUGUGAUAAUCAUUUCUUAUCUAUGUGCUGCUCCAACAUAUGUGAAGUGUGCUAGAUAAUUUUGAUCAGUUAUAUAAUUUGACAUCCUUCCUUCUGAGAAAACUAGUCCUGCAUGCUGGUUCUCACUACCCUAUUCUUCAUGCACAGACAGUAGUUAGAAAAGAAAAAAAAAAAUGAAAAGUGAAUAGAGAUGGGGAGAGAAAAGGAGGAAGGAGAAAAAAUAUUAAGGAUGCCUGAUGUGAAGGACUAUUUAUUAAAGGUAAUAACUGAUGGAGAUUAUGAUGAUUAAAAAAGAAUUCUAAAACCAAGAGAACAUAUUGGCAUGCUUUCUAAGUCUUAUUUUCAAUGUAUUGGAGAAUAUUAUAUGUAUAAAGAAGGAAGAUCAAUGUAUAAAAAGGGCAUAUUACUCUAGAGUGAACAAUUGUAUUGCUCAACAUCCACGUAUUUUAUUAAAGGCAAAAUGUGGAUAUUGUUACACUUCAUUUGUAGAGGAUGUAUAAGGGAUGGUAAGCUGAAUUCUACUGAAUGCAUCGAUAUUAUACUGAAGCAGUAAAUACUUUCACCAUUAAUUUCUUUUUGUUCACUAAAAGACUGUGGGAACAAAUAUUUAUGAUAUUUCCAAUUUUUAUUCCUUUCAAACUAACAAAAAAUCUUCCUAUCUUCCAUGUUGCCUUCAUCUUCAUUAGGUUAAUUACAAAACCCUUGUCAAGGGUCAUAAUUUACUCAAAACAAAAAUGAAAUAGUGUUUACUCUCUGUUUUUCCUUGGCAUAGACAGAGUUCUAAGAAAAAAUUCUGAAUAGCUCAAUAAGAUGGCUGGUAAAACAAGAAAGUAAAGACAUUUACCAUAGUGCUGAUGGUCCUUACCCCAUCUUGAUUUUGUUCUAGUCUCCACAAGGAUGUGUGCCACUAACCCAGAGAAGUACAAACUUUAGUAUAUUAUGCCUAAAGUGCAUAUUUUCUUCAUUUUUUUGGAAACCUAAUAGUAUCUGACAGAGCUAGAAUAUAUGUGCAAUACCCAAUACUGAACUAAAGCAGAAACCUUGUCAAAAAUGCAGAAUGAUUACAUAUUUUGGAAAGAAUCAAAACUGUUCAAGAAGUGACAACAAUUUAUGUCAGAAAAGCUACUAUGGUAAAACAGGUAAACAGAAUAAUAUUUAUGUAAUCAUAAAAUUACAGAUUUCUAGGUGUUUUAAUUUGGAGUGUUAUUGAGUAUAAUGCGGUUUACAUAUUUUAUAUGAUUUAAUAUGUACCUAUACAUAUUUAUGUAUGAUUUAAGACCACACUGAAUCAACAUAAAGGUAUAUUAGAAGCUCCAAAAAAUUGAUCUCAGAUAGAAGAAACACACACACCAUUGCUUUGUCAAUUCCAAAUCAUGGUGACCAUGCGUGUGUCAGAAUAGAACUGUCCUGCAUAAGGGUUCAAUGGCUGAUUCUUCAUAAGUAGAUCCAAAGGUUUUUCUUUAAGUCAUUCCUGGGUGGAUUCCAAACUCCAACCUUUUGGUUAGCAGCCUGAGGUUGUGUGUGUGUAUCCAUAUAUAUAUAUAUGUAAGUAUGUAUGUAUGUACAGAGGAAACCCUGGUGGCAUAAUGGUUAAGUGCUACUGCUGCUAAACAAAAGGUCGGCAGUUCAAAUCCAUCAGGCACUCCCUGGAAACUCUAUGGGGUAGUUCUACUCUGUCCUAUAGAGUCGCUAGGAGUGGGAAUUGACUCGACGGCACUGGGUUUGGUUUUGUUGUUUUUUUUUAUGUAUAUACAGAGACGAUGAACAAAAAUGCAGUAGCUAAUAUAAACACCACAUUGGCUUGAUUUUUUUUAACACAAACGUUCAUUCAAUAUAAACUUAUAUAUUUAUUAAGCCAAACUGUAAAAAUCUACUUCAUCAUGAAAUGUAUUUUUUCUGUAUUUUGCAGAAAAAGUACAAAUCUUAAAAAACUCAAGAAAUGGAUAAAUUGAAGAAUUUGAUGAACAGAGCAUUAAUAGACAACACAUUGAAGAGCUGAAAUAUGUGUUUAUAAUAAUUAUUUAUUACGGUGAAAUUCACAACACAAUCAUUUAAAAGUGUUCAAUUCAGUGGCUUUUAUUACAUUCACAAUAAUGUGUAACCAUCAGGUUUAUCUAGCACAAGAUAAUUUUUAUCACUCCAUAGAUGUCCUCCUAUAGAUUAGGAUACCUCUCCUGAAGUUCUCUACCUCCACACAGCCCCUGACAACCAUGAAUCUGAUUUUUGUCUCUAUGGCUUUUCCUAUUCUGCUAUUGCAUAUGAGUAGAAAUGUUCAAUAUGUGAUCUUCUGAUUUUUUGCUUUUCUUACUUAGCAUUAGAUUUUCCAGUUUCAUCCACAUCAUAGCAUGUAUUGCUACUUCAUUUUUUAUGAGAGAAUGAAUGAAUAUACUGUAUUUUCUUUAUUCAUUUAUCUGCUGAUGGACAUUGAGUUGUUUCUACUUUUUUUUGCUAUUGUGAAUUUGCUUCUAUGAACAUUCAUGUAAAAUUUUUUGUUUGAACAUGUUUUCAAUUCUUUUCGGUAUAUACUAGAAGAGGAUUUGCUGCACCCAAAGGCAAUUUUACAUACUGCAACAUUGGUUGUAGUAUAUAUUACUUAUGGUAAGAUACAUAAGAAAAAAAAAAACAGAUGGUCUUAAGUGUGGGUCCUUGUUACUCGAAUAAUUCAUAAGUUGGGGAUUACGGGUAUCUCCCAUUUUUGAAAGUUUGCUUUACACCACUUCACUUUUAUGAAAGGCCUGCAUUAGUACUUUUUUUCACUGCUGGAAGUCCUAGCUAGAACAAUAAGCCAAGAAAAAGAAAUAAAGGGCAUCAAAAUUGGUAAGGAAGAAGUAAAACUAUCCCUAUUGGCAGAUGUUAUAAUACAGUACAUAGAGAGCAGCCCUGGUGGCGCAGUGGUUAAACAUUUGGCUGAUAACCAAAAUGUUGGCAGUUCAAACCUACCAGCUGCUCCUUGGAAGUCCUAUGGGCCAGUUCUACUCUAUUCUAGAGGAUUGCUAUAGGUUGGAAUCAACUCGAUGGCAAUGUGGUUGGUUUUUGGUUUUUUAUACAUAAAGAACCCAGAAGGCUCCACAUUAAAACUACCGGAACUAAUAGGAAGAUUCAGCAGAGUAGCAGGAUACAAGACAUACAAAAAUCAUUUGGAUUCCUAUACACCAAUACAGCGAACUAUGAAAAUGAAAUCAGA